AUGGAAGGCUGGCUUCUGGCCCAAAGGGACCUUUGUGUUUACCGACCUCCAGCUGGCAAUAUGGAUGCUUUUAUCUCUGCCUUGGAAAUGCUUGUCCUUAGCCUUGAAAACUUAAGGAGUAAGUAUAACCUCAUUGUGGGAGUGUGUUGUGUAAGCCAAAAGAAGAAGUCUAAUUCUCAGAGGAUCACCCCUGAAAUCUUAGCAAAGAAAAAGUGGGUGAUCACGGCUUAUGAUGUGUAUAAAGUAAAAAGAACACAGCAAGCAAAGACUACUUAUAACAACUUGAAAAAGGAGUAUAGACUAGAACUGCAGGCAGCUAAGCAGAACUUCUAUGGUUUACAAAUUCAAACAGCUACCAAUCCUUGUUCGGCUGCUUGGAGGAUCAUUCGUUCCCAGACCAAGCCCUUAACUACCAGGUCGACUAACGUUUCUCCGGAUACGUUUAAUAACUUCUUCCUAGACUCUGUCCAAGUGGUAAGAGAUGACUUUGGUACUCCAGAGGUUACUGCAGUUCAGCUGAUGAGCCAAUCUCCCCAGGUGCAGACCCAACAUAAAUGGAGGCUAGUGGGGUGUGAUGACGUCAUAAAUGUGGUCCGUAGUAUGAAAAAUACUAAGACUUGCCUGAAGAAAUCGAAGGUCGUGCCUGUCUAUAAGAAAGGUGCGUGGGACGAGCCCGGGAGUUUCAGGCCUAUCUCUCUUAUUCCAAUCCUGUCUAAAGUGUUCGAGUCCUUGUUGAAAACACAGUUGUGUUCACAUUUUGAAGUCAACGGGUUGUUCUCUGCCUCCCAGUAUGGUUUCCGGGCCGGUCUAUCCACUGUGGAUGCGGUGGACAGCCUGAUUCAGCAUGUCUUGAGCUCCUUUGAGUCGGGUGGCUUUGCUGGGGCCACCUUGUGUGACCUCAGUAAGGCUUUCGAUACUGUGGAUCAUGACGUGCUGCUCUGUAAGUUAUAUCAUUACGGAAUCGGAGGUGUCGAACUGCAACUGCUCCGGUCAUACUUGGGGGGACGUGAGCAGCUGGUUGUUGUGAAUGGCCAGUGCUCUCGGUCUCGUCCUGUUGCCCAUGGUGUUCCGCAGGGGUCUGUCCUCGGGCCUCUGCUAUUUAUAAUAAUGAUGAAUGAUUUGCCCAGUCAUGUUGAAGGUGGUGUGGAACUGUUCCAAGUCCAAGGCCUUCUGUGCAUGUGGAAGCUGAGAUGCUCGUGGGUACAGAACGUCGAGUGUCUAUAG